AUGGAACUGCCAGUCUUCAUCCCAGCCUCCAUCCUCUCCCUCAUUUUCCUCGUCCUCUCGGCGAUGUGGAUCACCCCAGAUAACCGCGUGACCUCUGGCCUCCACCAAAACCCGCUACACCAGCCCAAAGCCUCCACCCCACCCAUACCCCACCCAAAACCUCCACCACACCCGCUACACCAGCCCAAAGCCUCCACCCCACCCAUACCCCAGCCCAAAACCUCCACCACACCCGCUACACCAGCCCAAAGCCUCCGCCUGGCCCCUACCCUUGCCCAAAACCUCCACCCCACCACUACCUCUAACCAAAACCUCCACCUCACCCAUAUCCCAGCCCAAAACAUCCACCCCACCCCCCUAGCCCUGCCCAAAACCUCCACUCCACCACUACACCUACCCAAAACCUCCACCGGACCCCUACUGUACCCCAGACUCUUCACCCAACCCCUACUGUACCCCAGCCCAUAUGUACUCCAGCCCAAAACAUCCAUACCAGCCCUACACCAGCCCAAAACCUCCACCUCUUCCCUACCCCAGCCCAAAACCUCCACCCCACCCAUACCCCAGCCCAAAACCUCCACCCCUUCCCUACCCCAGCCCAAAACCUCCACCCAUUACCAUUCCCACUGA